AUUAACCAAGCAACCAACCCCCUCUUCUUCUUCAAGUUAUCUCUCUCAGACACAGCCAUGGAGAAUCAGCAGCACAUGGUGUUACUUUCAAGUCCAGGGCUUGGCCAUCUCAUACCAGUCAUCGAACUGGGAAAACGAUUCGUCUUCCAUCACAACCUCAAAAUCACCAUCAUCGCCUUCACUUCGCAUACCUCACAUGCUGAAAAACUCGUCCUCAAGACUGCCACGUCCGGCGGUUUCAUCGACAUCGUAGAAAUCCCCCCGCCGGACAUAUCCUCUGUCAUCGACCCCGACGCCGCCAUCGUCACCCGCCUCUGUGUCAUGAUGCGUGAAGGCGUCCCUGCCAUCCGUGACGCUCUUUCCAACCUGGCAGGCACGGCCACGGUGCGACCUUCGGCACUCAUCGUAGACAUAUUUGGGACGGAGGCUCUUGGUGUUGCAGAAGAAUUGAAGAUGCGUAAGUACGUGUUCGUGGCUUCCCAUGCUUGGUUCCUUUCCUUGUUGAUAUACGCUCCAACUCUUGACAAACAAGUUCAGGGUCAAUAUGUUGACCAGAAAGAACCAUUCCAGAUCCCCGGUUGCACUCCGCUUCGACCCGAAGACGUGGUUGACCCCAUGUUGGACCGAAAUGACAAGCAGUACCAAGAAUACCUAGGUUUUUGCAACGGAAUACCCAAAGUUAAUGAUAUAGGUGACGGGGUGCUGGUGAACACUUGGGAGACUCUUCAACAGAAAGAUCUUGAAUCACUGAGAAACAGAAACUUAUUGGGUGGGAUCCUGAAGGCUCCGGUCUAUGCUGUGGGGCCCCUAGUAAGGCUGCCCGAUUCAGAAAUGAGUCAAGGGAUUGAAUGGCUCACGCAUUGGCUCGACGGUCAACCGGAGGAAUCGGUGAUAUACGUGUCAUUUGGGAGCGGUGGAACGAUGUCGUGUGAGCAAAUGACAGAGCUGGCUUGGGGUUUAGAGCUGAGCGGCCAGAGGUUUAUUUGGGUGCUUCGCGCACCCAUAGACGCUGCGGACGCAGCUUUUUUCACCACUGGGAGUGAUGGCCGCGAUGAAGGCGGCAGUAAGCUGUCAAAGUACUUGCCGGAAGGGUUCUCGUCGAGGACGUACAACGUUGGCGUUUUGGUUUCGGAAUGGGGCCCACAAGUUGAUAUUUUGACGCACCCUUCCGUUGGUGGCUUUUUAUCGCACUGUGGCUGGAAUUCCGCUCUUGAAAGCAUUACUAACGGGGUGCCCAUGAUUGCUUGGCCUCUCUACGCCGAGCAGAGGAUGAACGCAACGCUGUUCGUGGAGGAGCUCGGGGUGGCUGUGAGGCCAAGGGUUCUGCCGACCAAGAAGGUGGUGGACAGGGAUGAGAUCGCGAGCGUGGUGAGGGAGAUCAUGGUGGUUGAAGAAGAUUGUAAUAAGGUGAAGAAGAAGAACCCUAUAAGGGAGGGAGUGAAAGCCAUACGGCGAAGUGCGGUGGAAGCUUUGUCCAAAGGAGGCGCACUUGCUCAAGUGGUGGCGACUGGCGAGGAGUGAGUGACGGAAUGAUCGACACGUGUUACCUAUCCCUUGCACGUUUUAAAUUUAUUUUUUUAUUAUAAACCAGAACAAAAUUAAUUUAUUAUAGCAACAAUAAUAACUUAAUUGUCUGUAUUAUAAUUAUUAGACUCAAUUUGA